UUCUUCAAAUUUAUUAUUCAUUAAUAAAACUGUCAUCAAACCAUAAACGAUUUUCUAAUAAAAUGCAUUCCUCAAAUUUGCUCAUCUACUUGUUGCUGGUUGCUGUUUUAUUAUUACUCAGUACACCACAAGCUGAAUCAAGUAUCCUGUUAUUUUUGUGCCUUAUAAGAUCACCAAUAUGUCCAUUCCGCACAACAACCACUACAACGACUACCACAUAAGCUGGUGCAUAAAUAUUCCAAUCAACGAGAGCAUCUUUACCUGAUUCAUUUGUUCAAUAUUUAUUAAUGUAUUUAUUUGCAUCCUAUUAUUCCUCGAAUUUGUUAAUAUUAAUAAAUCUUAUCGUAUGUAAUUUUCGCUGCAAAGGA